CCACGCUGCUUCAUGUCAGGCUGGCGUGACGGUGCUUGGAGCCGGAAUAUUCAUUUACAUCCGCCGCGACGUAGAGACAACACCGUUGCUGCGAAUCAGUCUAGUGGGUCAGGGAGACGCAAAGUGAAUCUGAGUUCCAGCCAGCUACAAGAGCAAGUGAAGCGAGGAUUAGGAUGGUGGUCAAAGUAUAUAUCACCUCCUCGUCCGGGUCUCUUGCGAUCACAAAGGAUUCACAAAAUGUUGGUGAACUGUAUCUUGUGAAAAAGCAUCAGCAGGCAGUCGUGGGCUUCCUAGAGGCAAACCGCAUCUGUUUUGAGGAGGUGGACAUCUCUAUGCAGGAGGAACAGAGGCUCUGGAUGUACCAGAACAUUCCAAAAGAGAAGCAGUCAGGGCAGGGCAAACCACUCCCCCCGCAGAUAUUCAACGAAGCCGUCUACUGUGGGGAUUAUGAGGACUUCUUCCAGGCUAAAGAAACAAACACUGUGUUUUCAUUUCUUCAUCUCAACUCACAACCUCAGUGAAGGCUUCUGAAUCAUCCAGCAUGUAAAGUGCUUUGCCUGGACUUGAGCACUGUGCUGAUUACUCUGCUUUUCCUGAUGUAUCACUCUUCCUGAGAGCACUAAGAACUUGCUUCUAUGUUUUUGUCAGACACCUUAAAAGGCUGCUGUCUACCAGCAGAAACUAGGCUAAGAGAUUAGUGCUGCCACACUCACUCACUCACACACACACUCACUCACUCACUCACUCACCACAUCUAGUGGGUUAACAAAACCAUACCUAUACUGAUAAGAAUGAGGUGUUGUGUUUUCUCACUGUUGUUGUUUUUUUAUAUUUAUUAUUAUUAAUCUCUCUGAUGCAGACUGUUUUAAUGUAUCAGUAUGUCUAACUGGUGUAUGACAAUCACAGUAAAAUGUAUGUAUAGCUGUAUGAGUUGAACUGGUGCAUGACAAUCAAUGUACGAUGUUUGUAUAUUGCACAGAGUUUGUAUUAUAUUGUGUGUUGGUCAUUUUGUGUCUUCUCUGUGAUAGCAUUACUGGGAAGGUUCAGCAUAGCACAGGUGUGUGUGUGUGUGUGUGUGUGUGUGUGUGUGUGUGCAGUAAGGAAAAACAUUUCACUGUAGUAAAUUGGGACAUACCUUUGGAUCCUGGUGUGCUGCUGUCUUUUAGAAAGCUCUGUGGCCUGCACCCCUGCACACUUUAGGCACAGAGCAAGAUCCCAUAGAGGAAACAGAAUCCACUGAACUCAGCUCCACCUUUCCACUGUUUCCACCCUUGUGGGAGAGGGGGAAUAGCGCUACAUAUUUCAGUCUUUACCUUAUUCAAACAAACCAGGCUCAGCUCCCAAGGCCUUGAUAACUAGGAGGAGUGGAGAGGGUUUGAUAAAAGCACUAAUUUGUAUCAGAAGACAGAAAUCCAGGGCUCCUCAGAACCAGAAGAGUAACACUGUUACUCGAUGACAUGAUGUAUGACAGUGAACAGUGUCUAAAAGAAAAUUAAGGGAUUCAGAAUCUUUCCUAUAGACAGAAGCAUUAGGUAGCUUUCCUCAGGACACACUGCCUUCUCAGCUCCAAGUUUCUCUAUAGUCUUCUAAAGAACAUUAAGAAUUCUUUGUGAACAAUCUUUGUCUUUUUAUGAACAUUCACACUCGGUUUGAGAAAUGGCGUUAUGGUAAUGCUAACACACGUAGCUUGCUAGCUGUAAUGCUAACACACGUAGCAUGCUAGCUGUAAUGCUAACACAUGUUAAUGCUAGCCUGAGUCUGUGCCACCACUGCUUCAUUUACACACUCUCGGGUGUGUGUGUUAGGAUGUUUCCCAGCCUACACUGUGCUGUGGACAAUGAUGUUCAUGUAUACCAGCUCAUUUAAACUGCUUGAUGUUUGUGUGUGAAUUACUCACCCUACAUGCGUGCGUGCACACACACACACAGCUCUUUCUCUAUUGUAUUUGUCUUGUCCUCUUUACCUUGCCCUGGUGUUUCAUUAAAUGAUUCCACGUGAGUGAGUUCUGCAUUGACGUAAUGGACAUGCAACCCCUGAGCACACACCACUCUGUUCUUUGCACUGCUUUCUUCCUUUGACAUUCUCUCUUACACAUGCACACCAGACCUACUUCUUUGGAAGAAGGAGAUAUUGUGUGCUCACCUUUGAGUAUUUUUCAUACUAAAUAAUAUAGAUGUGACUAAUAAAAGUGAACAUUUUCCAAUAAUA